CACACCUCACACACACUGGGACACACACUCCACUACCAUGUAGAGCCUCUGCAAAGGACACACCGGCACAGGACCAGCCAGGUCGGGAGAGAAGAAAGGGUCACAUGAUCUCUGCUGGGGAUGCAGAGUUCCCGUGUGAGUACCACACCCUGGGCCACGGUGGCACGCGCUGUUUCCCUCACAACAACAACAACAACGGGAGGCUGGCGCCAACCUCGGGGAACCGCCAACGCCACAACGCCAUCGCUGCCAAGAACUUGGAGGCCCUUACGAACCUUCACAAGGCUGACAUAAAGCGCCAGCACGAAGCCUUCAUGGACCUCCAAAAGAACCAGAAGUACCCGGCCAGCCCCUGUAUGUCACAGGGCCAGAGCUCACCUAACUGCGGCCGCCAACAGCAGCAACAGCCAAACUACUGGAGCUUCAAGGCCCGUACCCCCCGUGUAAUCCGACGCAACCCCGACCAGCCGGCUCUAGCCGACCAGGCCAGCAGGGUGUCAUUUGCCUCGGCUGAGAGUCUGGAAACCAUGUCUGAGGCCGACGUUCCCCUCGGGUUCAACCGCAUGAACCGCCUCCGCCAGAGCCUGCCCCUGGCACGCUCAUCCAGCCAGGCCAAGCUUCGUGCGCCAGGCAUUCUUUUCCUCCAGCUGGGCGAGGAGACGAGGCGGGUGCACCUGACCCACGAGCUGACCAGCCUGGACACCCUGAGAGCCCUCAUUGUCCACAUGUUUCCCCAGAGGCUCACCAUGGCAAUGCUCAGGUGCCCCAGCACGGCCCUGCUGAUUAAGGAUGAGGCCCGUAACGUCUUCUAUGAGCUGGAGGACCCACGAGACGUCCAGGACCACUGUGUCAUCAAGAUCUACUGUAAGGAGCCUGUCUACGGCACCUACCCCGGACACCACAACCCACACCUGGCCAAUGGAGACCUCCGGAGGGAGAUGGUGUACACGCCCCAGCAGGAUUCUCCGCCCAACCGUCGCCUCAGCAAUGCCCCCGCCUCCUCUUCCGCCUCGCCCCCCUCCAGCUCCCCGUCCCGCGUCCGUCUCCUCUACAGUGGCGGUGGCCGUCCAUCCUCCUAUGCCGGGCAACCUCACCUCCAGCAUCAUCCCCACACCCACUCUCUCCCCCACCCCCCACCACCCCUCGCCCGGGGGCCAGAGUGCGGCCCACCUCCACCCGCAGCAGCAUCACCCCCAGCAGCUCCAGCCCCAGCACCACCAGCUCCAGCACCAUGCCCAGGCAAGCUUCUCCCCCAGUGCAAUCCUGGAGCGGAGGGAUGUGAAGAAGGGGGUCGCCUUAGUCUGGCCGGCCCCCACACCCCUCUACCCCCGAGGGGGGAUCCCUAUGGCUCUCUCUACCGGCGAGGAGGAGGUGGCGGUGGAGGGGGCGGAGGAGGGUUGGGACCCGGCUCCGUGCGCUCCCUCACUUCCUACUCGGCGGCGGCUCUGCAGGGAGAGCUGAUGGACAGCGGCAUCCUAUACAGGACUGGAGGCCCGCUGUACAAUGAUGCUGCCUAUGCCGCGUCCAUGUUGGCCAUGGGCUUCCGGGUGCCACCCCCCUCAUCCCCGCAGAAGAUCCCUGACAUGAGGGACUCGUAUUCGGGCACCAUGCCCGGCCGGGGCUCCCCUGGGAGGCAGACCCUGCGGAGGGACUCGGUGUCCUCCUCCGUGUUUGGGGAGAGUGCCAAAGCUAGAGGUCAGGGGUCAGGGUCAGAUCAACUGUGUCUGAUGGCUGGACCUGGAGGGGAGGGCGGCGGUUUCAGUUCAGCACCAGGUUUUAGUUCACCUCUACCAGGCAACGAGACCGAGACCAGGGGCCGCAUGGAGGCCAUGGAGAAACAGAUAGCCAGUCUGACUGGUCUACUGCAGACUGUUCUGACCAGGGGACCAGAGGCAGAUAGCCCGGACAAGAUUGAGACGGCCAGUGACUGCUCAGGGACAGACACUGGACGGUUAAAAAAAAAGAAAGCUCUGACGCCAUCGGCUCCGUUGGCCCUGAUGCCGCCCCCGCCCACAGGGUCCACCCAGUCACCGAUAGUGUCGCGGCUGCAGAUGCAGACCCACCUGCAUGGCCUGCAGCAGAACACCAGCAGGCUGCGCAUACAGCUGUCCCAGCUGCGCGACAUCCAGCUGGAGAACCAGGACUCGGUGCAGUCCCUGCUGAGGCAGACAGAGUCGGAGCUGAGCCUGAUGAUGCUGGACGCCAUGCGGACCCAGGAGGACCCUCUGCAGAGGCAGCGCCUCCUAGUGGAGGAGGAGAGACUCAAGUACCUCAACCAGGAAGAGCUGCUCAUCCAGCAGCUGCAUGAUCUGGAGAAGUCAGUGGAGGAACUCCAGAGGAACUCGUCAGUCAACCAUGGCCUGGUGACAGAGCAGGACGUGGAGCAGAAGAGCAUGGAGCUUAGGUCUUUGGGAGAGACCCUCACAGAACUCAAGAACCAGUUCCCCAGUCUGCAGAGUAAGAUGCGGGUGGUGUUGAGGGUGGAGGUGGAGGCUGUCAAGUUCCUGAAAGAGGAGCCACACAGACUGGACACACUGCUGAAACGCUGUAACACCAUGACCGACACACUGACCACACUACGAAGUGUAUUGUAUACCGCCUGUACGUACAGAAAAGUGACCGAGGGCCUGUGGAAGGGCCAGGACGACAUCUGCAGCCAGUCAGCCAAGCGAACUGAGGACAAAGGAAAGAACUCGGACCUCGACAUCCUGACCAGUCCACCGCUCAGCCUCAAUGACCUGGGUGGCAGUGCCAGCCAUGCCAACUGGAUGCCCAUAUCAGGCAGUGACCCGGACACCUCGGGACCUGAGCAGGAUCCCCACCCUACGUCCAGCUACAGAAGCCGGGUCCUGGACGAGCUGCCGAGCCGUCGCGGUGCUGACAAAUCAGUGUCCGUGGAGGUCAGACUGGCUGCAGAGCGGGACUGGGAGGAGAAGCGGGCCAGUCUGACCCAGUUCAGUGCCCAGGACAUCAACCGUCUGCUGGAGGAGACGCAAGCUGAGCUGAUGAAGGCCAUCCCAGACCUGGACUUCGCUGCCAGGCAGAUCAACAAGCCCGCGGUGCCCCCCAAACCCCACCCCAAACCUCAGUUUACCAUCCCUGUCACUACCUCCACCACCGCCUUUACAACCUCUAGUACCCUCACUACUAUCAGUACUGAGCACCAGCUCAACAAGGUCCAGAUCACUGCCCAGAAGCUGGAGGGGGGCUCACGUCGCGGAUCUGCGGAGCUGACCGUAACCAGGUAUCGCACUGAGAAACCCUCUAAGUCUCCGCCUCCACCCCCUCCUCGCCGCAGCUUCCCAUCAGCCCAUGGGCUCACCACCAAUCGCACUGGAGAAGUGAUCGUCAACACCAAGAAGAAGCUGGAGCCAGAAGAUGGAGAGGCUCCGAAGACUCUGGUCAAGCUGAGAAGGACACCGUCGGACACCCCCCGCCCCGCCUCCACUCCCCCUGUCAUCGCCGCCUCAGCGAUUAAAGACGAGGAUGACGAAGAGAGGAUCAUUGCUGAACUAGAGAAUGCCAGCAACUCACCAGGGGCAUCCAAGGGACCCCAGUCGACUGUAGCGGCCAGACUGAAGCACCUCCAGCAGGGCAGCCUGGAGAGGCCCAAGACCAGGAAGCAGAAAGAGGACUUCCCCAAGAUCCAGGGCCAGCAGCAGGUAUUCCACUUCUAGAAGGCCCCUCCUCAGAGGAGUUUUCCUCCUCAGAACAGCUCUGGUGGCCUCCUGUGUCAUUGACAACUGCCCCCUCUCACAGCUGUCUGGGGCAACUACUGGGCAAUUUCAAGACUAUACUGGGAUACAAUAUGUUAUCAGUGGACAAUGUCAGGUGACAAAAAAAGGGGUGGGCUCAUCCGAAAUCACCAGUGUUGGGUGUUACAUGCUUUGAAUUUGAGCUGUGCCAAGUGGUUGGAUCCAAAAUGGAUUGUGUACAGAGCGUGCUCUUUCCCAAUGGCAGGCAUUGAUGUUUCUGAGGAGGCUAAAGUGGUGAGGAUAUUGUGCCCUAAAUUAGCUGAGUGACACCUAAAACUGUACUCCUUGAUAAUGCCACGGAAUAGUUUUACAUCUCAAUGUCGAACAGUGUUAAUUUUGUCAGCCAUUUUAGAUGUAGUUUUAUUCUUAGUCUUUUGACUAAAAUACCUUUUAGUCUUAGUCCCAUUCAUUUUAGUCAUUUUAUCCUUUGUAGUUUUAGUUAUUAUCAGUCAACUAAAACUCUGGAAAUGUUUUGUCCAGUUUUAGUCACUGUCAUUUUAGUCACAUUUUAGUCUGUGAAUUUCCAUUAAAUCAUUCAUAUUUACCUCCAACAAUCAUGUCCACAUUAAGAUAGCCUUGUCCAACUGGGCCUAAUAUCCCCUCAUAUAGCUGUCACAUUGCUAUUGUGGUGGAUUGUAACCAAUUCCAGCCAUGGUUUACCAUAUAGGCUACAAAGCCUUGGCUUCAGGUUAAACAAUUUAGACCUACAACUCUGAUUUUCUCCCCGUCAUAACCUUGUGAUGUGGGUAAAUAACAGUGAUUCCCUUAAAACAGGAAUCGGAACUUUCCAACAAUGCCAGAAUUAUUACUGUACUCCUAAUAUUCAGCAAAUAGCAUUAGUAGUUCCAAUCGGGAAAAAGCAACGGCAUUUGCCGAUCGUGAGAGCGGCAACACAGAUUAAUAACAGACCACGUGGUAAUAGAGCUUCUGAUGUGAUCAAAGCAAAAUUAUACACUGGGUGGUUCGAUCCCUGAAUGCUGAUUGGCUGACAGCCAUCAGACCGUAUACCACAGGUAUGACAAAACAUGUAUUUCUACUGCUCUA